GAGAGGGAGCGAGAGAGCGAGCGCUCAGCUGUAUCCAAAGAACAGCGUUUCACUUUCUGAAGCGCAUGGAUUUUAACUGGAAAGCCCACUGAGAGAGGGAACUUCGUGCGCUCUAUUGAACAGACCCAAAAUGUGAUAUUCUAACAGAUCGAUCCAGUUGAUAAGAACUGCGAAUUUAUUUUGGGAUUGUAUUACUUAAAUAGCUUAUUCGGCUACUUUUACAAACGACCAUACUACUGCUAGGAUACCUUGAUAGUCUAUCUGAUUGAAAUGGUGCGAUGUUCCAAACAAUACUCCAACGCGUUUACUUUUGGUUGAUUUACCUUACAGUUGUACUAUGUGGAGCUUCAGGUGCAGGAGUACACAGUUGCCAUGAGGUUAAAACGGCGUUUCAAUUGCGCCAGAUCGGUCCGUUGAAAUGGGUCCCCGAGGCACCUGGAACAGAUGGCGAGCUGCAGAUCUGCAAGCACGCAGGCCCGUCGUGUUGCACACGCAAGAUGGAGGAGAGUUACCAGGCAGCAGUGCGCAGAGAGACUCUCCAGAAUAUCCGUUCCUACAGCUUUGAGCUCAAGUACCUCAUCGUGGGCCACACCACUGCCUUCCAGGACACGUUCCAGUCUCUGCUAUCCUUCACUCUGAACCUGACCACUGGUCUGUUUGACAGUGCCUAUGAGCCCCUCUCCCAGGACGCUCGCCCCCUGGUGGCAGACCUCUUCUCCGACCUCUCUCUCUUCCUGGGAGGAGACGGCAACACCUCCAUGGAGCGCUCCGUGCACCGCUUCUACGACAACCUCUUCCCGCUGGUUUACCGGCGUCUUAUCAACCCUGGGCUGGCCUCGGCCCCACCCUCCUCUGAGCACAGCGAGUGUCUGCGCAUGACACGCCAGGAUGUCAACCCAUUUGGGUCCCACCCCCGUGUCCUGGCCGAGGGGCUGACCCGCGCUCUGAAUGCAGGACGGGCACUGAGCCAGGCGCUGGUGAUAGGGGCAGAGGUGCUGAACGCCACAGAGCGGGCGGGGCUGGCCAGGGAGUGUGGGCGGGCUCUGGUGAGGAUGCAGUAUUGCCCCCACUGCAGGGGCCUGACCCUGAUCCGGCCGUGUGGAGGACUGUGUCUGAAUGUGAUGCGGGGCUGCUUGGUAGGGCUCUCGGAGCUGGACGGGCCCUGGAGGCGCUACGUGGCCCUGCUGCAGGAAUUGACAGGGGCCCUGGCUGAAGGCCACGACCUGGAGCUGGCUCUGCAGGGCAUCAGGAACCACGUCAAUGACGCUAUCCUGCACGCACAGCUGCACGGGCCACGUAUCAGUGCCAUCGUUGAUAAAGUAUGUGGGCCUCUCACAGACAGUCCGUCAGUGACAAGCAUACGUUCCACCCUGAAGGUCAUGACCUCUGUGAGUACCUCCCCGACCUCGAUGGUGAUGACGUCCUCCCCAGCUGACGUCACACGGGACCACUUGUCGCAUACCAGGAGGUCCUUUCCUCUGAAACCAUCCAAGAAUAAUAAGCCUAGAAGUCUAAAAAAGAUCUCAAGAGAGUUUAUGGGCUAUAUCCAACGCUACAGGUCCUUCUUCUCUGCGUUGCCAGAGAUGCUUUGUGAGAGUGAGAUGGUGGUGGAUGACUUCACCUGCUGGAGCGGGGAGGAUGUGGUGGAGAGUUAUGUGGGCCGUGUUGUGGGUAACGGCCUUCAGGCCCAGAAAAACAACCCAGAGAUCAAGGUCCGCAGCAUCGACCCGAUCCUGGUGGGAGCUAGAGACAGACUAGAACAUUUCAAACGGGAAAUGCAGAUUGGCUGGACGACAGAAUGGGGGGGGGGUGGGUGGAGAAGGGCAGUGGGACGAGAGAAGAGGCCAGCGGAGAGUGUGACGAUGAGGACGGAUGUCAAGGAUCUGGAGAUGAAGACUUUCCCAAUGAGAGAGUGGACGUGGCCAGCACUCAUGUUCCUUUUGGGAAGAGCCCAGCAGUCAGGGAGCCCCCAUGGCACGUCCCCACUGCCCAACCCCCACCACAGGUAGCUGUGAGAGCUGCGGGUCACACCCCAACACCCCACCCAGCUAUCACCAUCACCCUCAUCCUCCUGUCUGCCCUGGCAUUACCAUGGCACCCACUCUGAAACCCCCUCCGCUACUCACACCGACUGAGCACACAUGAGAGGUGGGGAGCAUUCACAAGAAGGAAAAGCAGGAAGAGGAGGAUGAGAAAAAGGACAAGAGGAGGAGCUCGCCAGCGAACCUGUUGCUUUCCCUCAGCUGCUCCCUGUUUGUUAAUGGGAGCUGGGCUGCAUGGCUGUGUUUGUGCGAUGUAGGAUGUGUCUCAUAAAAUCUCUCUCUCCCUUGCUGCCUUAUCCACUGCUGCCUUCUCCACUGCUUUUUCCUCACUGCCUCCUCCUCUCUGGUUCUCUGGACUGCCUGGUCUGUUGACCAUCAGAUGUGGCCAGCUACACAUCCCACUGCUCUCUAGUAGGGACAACCAUGGUUCUGGUCGUUCUCCUGCGGUCCUUAGAUUUAGGAACAGUAAAGUUCUCAAACAGUGCUGAACUGAAGAAUGUAAUCAGGGCCUAAAAAGACAUCAUUUCUCCUCACCUCUCUACACGCAAAGUCAACCGUCAUGUUCUCUGGGGUCUCUCCAUUUGUUACUUAGUUUGCAUUUGUUUAUGCCACCUGUUAAUAGUCACCGAGCAUACUAUACAUGUUUAUAUCGUCCCAUGUGGGACUUAUAUUGUGUAUUCAUGUGUGGGUAUUUGUUUGUGUGUGUUUAUUUACCUAUAUUUACGUCUCUACAUGUUUCGUGAAAAAGUAUUUGCCCUUUUCUGAUUUUCUCUAUUUUUGCAUAUUUUUGAUACGGAAUGUUAUCAGAUCUUCAACCAAAAGCUAAUGUUAGAUAAA